AUGGAUUACCGCGUGUGCAUACUUUUGAUGCUCUCCAGCGUGUCCUGCGUGUGUGGCGGCCAGUUCCCCGACGCGCACAUGGUUAAAGAAUGGGUGGAUCAGAUGCAGAAAGACUUGAUCACGCUCACCGACAAAGCCAGCGGCAUGCAUAGUCUCACUCAGAUUUACGAAAAACAUAAAAAGCACUUCAGCGUGGAAACUAAUCGCAUCGAGGAACUGGUGUCCACGGCCGCCGGGAAUAUCGAGAGAUUGCUGGAAAGCCGCUCCAAAGCCCUCAAGAGGUUGGCAACAGAGGCAGAAACCCUUCAGAAAUUUCACACGUGGCAAGUCAACAGCGAGCCUGACAAAAUUGUCUACUACAACGCCAAAGACGACCUCAAUCAAACGGAGAAGAAGAACCGCUACGUUCCUGAGGACUUCCACGUGGACCCCGACUUCCAGCGUCUGGUCUCGUACAACACCACGGCCGUCCACAUCCCCACCGACAUCUACGAGGGCUCCACCAUCAUUCUGAACGAGCUCAACUGGACAGAGGCCUUGGAGGAUGUUUUCCGUAGAAACAAAGAAGAGGACCCCACGCUUCUCUGGCAGGUGUUUGGUUCUGCCACCGGAUUGGCUCGCUACUUCCCAGCUUCUCCCUGGAUCGACUCCAGCAAAUCGGCCAAUAAAAUCGACCUCUACGACGUACGCAGGCGGCCAUGGUACAUCCAGGGGGCAGCGUCGCCCAAGGACAUGCUGAUCCUGGUGGACGCGAGCGGCAGCGUGUCGGGUCUCACCCUCAAGCUUAUCCGAACCUCCGUCAGCAAGAUGCUGGAGACUCUAGCGGACGAUGACUACGUCAACGUGGUCUAUUUCAACGACAAGGCCACGUACGCCGCCUGCUUCAAGAACCUGGUGCAGGCCAACGUCCGCAACAAGCGCAUUCUCAAGGAAGCUGUGCAGGGCAUCACUGCCAAGGGGACCACUAACUACAAGGGUGGCUUCGAGCUGGCCUUCACGCAGCUCGCACAGAUGAACGUGUCCAGGGCGGACUGCAACAAGAUCAUCAUGCUCUUCACUGAUGGAGGAGAGGAGCGUGCCGAGGAGAUUUUCAAGCAAUACAACCCAAAACAAGCUGUGCGCAUAUUCACUUUCUCAGUGGGUCAACACAACUAUGACAAGGGACCCAUACAGUGGAUGGCUUGUACUAACAAAGGUUACUACUAUGAGAUCCCAUCUAUUGGUGCCAUCAGGUUAAACACUCAGGAGUACCUGGAUGUGUUGGGCAGGUCCAUGGUCAAAGCAGACCACAGGGCCAAACAGGUCCAGUGGACCAACGUGUACCAGGACGCACUCGAACUUGGACUUGUCAUCACGGGUACCCUUCCUGUUUUUAAUAAGACCAACAAGGGAUCCAAGAAAACGCAGAACCAGCUCAUCUUGGGCGUCAUGGCUGUCGACGUCUCGCUGGAGGACAUCAAGAGGCUCACACCGCGCUUUACUUUCGGACCAAACGGCUACUACUUUGCCAUCGACCCCAACGGCUACGUCGUCCUCCACCCCAACCUCAAGCCACCGAGAGCAGAGUUCCACGAGCCGGUGACGUUGGACUUUUUGGACGCCGAGCUGGAGAGCGAUACUAAAGUCAAGAUAAGACGGAACAUGAUUGACGGCAUCAGGGAUACGUAUCACAUAUCUGAUCUGGUCAAAUCGCAAGAUGAGCGCUACAUUGAUUGGGGUCGGAGGACUUAUGCUUUUGCGCCAGUGAAAGGCACAGAUUACAGUCUGGCGCUGGUUCUGCCCGACUACAGCUCAUAUUACAUCCGUGCCACCAUCGGUGACACCAUCACCCAGGCAAAAUUUUCUGAAAGCCUGCUGGCUGACAAGUUUGACGAAUACGGCUACACGUUCAUCGCGCCGAGGGUCUACUGCAAGGACCUGACGCCUCCCGACAAGGACAAAAGCAACACGGAGUUCCUGAUGGAGUUCAACAACUACAUCGACACCAAGACGCCUAACAACCCGAUGUGUAAUGUGGAGCUGGUGAACCGAUUGCUCCUGGACGCUGGCAUCACUUCAGAUCUCAUCAAGAUCUGGAAGGAGAAUAAGCAGCAGCCAGGAGUCGCGGCCAGAUUUGUCGCCACGGAUGGCGGGAUCACCAGAGUCUACCCGAAAAGUGCUGGCUUAAACUGGAGGGAAGAAGCGGAGACGUACGAGUCGAGCUUCUACAAGCGCAGUUUGGACAACGAUCUGUACAUCUUCACGCCCACGCCGUACCUCAGAGACAACACGAGCGAUGACUCUGUUCUGGUGAGCAGAGCAGUCAACCUCAAGAUCAACAACAAGCUCCUCAAGCCGGCGGUGGUCGGUGUCAAGUUGGACGUCAGCACCUGGAUGGCGAGCUUUAUCAACACCACUAUGAGGACCAACUGCACCGAUGAAAUCUGUGGCUGCCAACGCAAUGAUAUGUAUGUUGACUGCGUCCUUCUGGAUGAUGGCGGCUUCCUGGUCAUGUCCAACAGAGAUGAAUACGUCGAUCAGAUUGGCCGUUUCUUUGGAAUGAUCGACCCCAUCCUAAUGAUCAACCUGGUCAACUCGUCACUCUUCACCUCCAAGAAGUCCUUUGACUACCAGUCGCUGUGCGAUCCCGUCAAGGAGACCAAGGCGGCGGCAGGCCUGCGUUCUGUAUACGUGCCCUCAAUCGUUGAUAUUUUAAAUGUCGGCUGGUGGGCUACAGCGGCAGCCUGGUCCAUCGUGCAACAGUUGCUGGUCAGCAUCACUUUUCCAAAUUUCCUGCACGCAGCCGACAUGGAGGAGGAUACGUCCGACAUCCUGCAUAAAGAGGUGUGCAUCACGGAGCAAACGCAGUACUACUUCGGGACGAGCGACACCUCCUUCAAAGGAAUGCUGGACUGCGAAAACUGCUCCAGGCUGUAUCACGCCGAGAAACUUCCCAACACCAACCUAGUUUUCAUCAUUGCCGACACCAAACUCACCUGCACGUCCUGCGACACCAUGCCGCUGGUCCAGGAUGAACAGCAGUCCAACGGGCCCGAUCCCUGCGAGCUGGCUCAGAAUCCUCGUUAUAGGAAAGGCCCUACGUCGUGCUUCGAUAACAACGAACACGAGGAGGACGCAGACUGCGGCAGCGCGUCCGGCUUGAGUCCCUCACUGUGGCUCACCUGGACACUUCAGGUGGCGCUCCUCUGGGUCGUAGGCGGCCGCGGACAUCACGCCGUCCCGUCAUGA